AUGUCGUUCUUCAACAGAACGAGGACCGACAUUCUGAACGUCAGGGACAAGCCGGUCUUCGACGAUCGCAUCGUCAAGAUCGAGACUCACGCGUACAGACCGUUCGCCAACACGACGUUCGGACACAACGACGAGAUACGAAUACCCAUACAGCAGCAGGAUCUGUACACGCUGCCGUACGAGAGUUUUCUGUACGUCGAGGGACGUUUGACGAAGACCGCGGAGGCACCGAACGCCGACGUCGCGCUGGGAAACAAUUGCGUCGCGUUCAUGUUCGACGAGAUUCGCUACGAACUCGACGGCGUGGAGAUCGAUCGCAACAGAAACGUGGGCGUAACCAGCACGAUCAAGAACUACGCGACGGUGACGUCCGACAGGAGCGUGAUUCUGCGAAACGCCGGCUGGGACGCGCAGACCACCGCUGACGGAUACUUUAAUUUCUGCGUACCGCUCAACGUACUGCUCGGAUUCUGCGAGGAUUACAGACGCGUGGUGAUCAACGCUCUUCACGAGUUGAUUCUGAUACGAGCGCGCAACGACGAGAAUUGCCUGAUGGGAAAUUCGGCGGUGGUGCCGAAACUCGAACUGUUCAAGAUACAAUGGCGAAUGCCGCACGUGGUGCUGAGCGACGUGAACAAGCUGUCGAUGCUGCGAGACCUGGAGAGCGGACGAUACCUGAGCAUGGCUUUUCGCUCGUGA